AUGUGUCCCGGUAGCAGAAUGGACUCACUGGUGGCCGCAGUGCUGCUGCUGCUCGGGGUGUCAGUGUGCAGUACAGCUAGCGGGCUCGGUCAGCGCUGGCCAGUGCCCUAUCGGCGUUUUGACCAUCGUCCUAAAUCUGAUCCAUACUGUCAAGCCAAAUAUACAUUUUGUCCUUCUGGAUAUGCGGAUGGAUCUAUUCCUUUAAUGAAAAAUGAAGACACCAUAGAAGUUCUUCGACUGCAAGCACCUGUUUGGGAAUUCAAAUAUGGAGAUCUGCUAGGGCAUUUUAAAAUUAUGCAUGAUGCCAUUGGAUUCCGAAGUUCAAUAACGGGCAAGAAUUACACAGCAGAAUGGUAUGAACUAUUUCAGCUGGGUAACUGCACGUUCCCUCAUCUCAGGGCGGACGUAGAGGAACCUUUCUGGUGUAAUCAAGGAGCAGCCUGUUUCUAUGAAGGAAUUGACGAUCUGCACUGGACAAGCUAUGGGACUUUAGUUCCAGUGGCAGCAAUCUCAGGUACCAUGUUUAACGAGAUGGCAAAAUGGAUAAAAGAGGAUAACCGCACUGGCAUUUAUUAUGAGACGUGGACUGUGCAGGAAUCGGUGGGAGACAACUCAUCUGUGUGGUUCGAUUCGUAUGACUGCAGCAAGUUUGUGCUUCGAACCUACCAAAAGCUGUCAGAGCUUGGUGCCACCUUCAAGAAGGGCAUACAGACAAAUUACACUCGCUUGUUUUUGUACAGUGGAGAACCUGUAUACCUGGGUAAUGAAAGCUCAAUUUUUGGCACACCUGGGAAUAAGUCACUGACAACUGCUAUUCAUAAAUUUUACUUUCCUUAUAGACCUCAUCAGUCAUUCAAAGAACUCCUCCUGAGUAUUGCAGAUAUAUAUGGGAAAGUAGUUAUAGAUAAAACAUUUUAUCUGUACUAUAACUUUGAAUACUGGUAUUUACCUAUGAAGUCACCUUAUAUUAAGAUAAUUUAUGAGGAAAUCCCUCUGCCAUCAAGAUAGUUUUGAUUUGCACAUCUCUCAAGUAUAGAUUUUUACUUCUGUUUUAUUAUUUAAAAAAAAAAUUCAGUGUAGUAACUUAAAGGACUAGAAAAUAUCCAAUACGCAUAUAAGCAAUUUUUUAAUUCAACUGCAACCAAGAUUUCUAACAACUACUGUGAUCUCUAGAACAGCUGUAAGAUGGAAGAGAUGAAACGCGUAGCUUGGCUUCCUGCAAUCAUCUGACAUUGCAUCGGAGGAGGGAUUCACCUGCCAUACUUUUUCACAUUUGUUCAUUGAGGGAAGAGAUCUGACCAUUGCUAAAAGCAGAUGUUGUUGAGAUAAGCUUAUUUUAAUCUUGUUUUUAAUAUGUAUACUGUUAACAUGUGACACAAACUACUGUGAGGUGGCAUUCAUGUUAUGUUUUCGGGAAGUUGUUCUUCUUCUUCUAGAGCUUGCAGUAUUUAUUAGUAACUGGAUAUUUUGGUGGAAGCAAGUAAGCACAUGCUCGAGGAAUAUUCACUAGCACUAUAAAUUACUACACUGUUGGGCUCUAUCCUUUUGUUUCACUUUGGACUUAAAAGGAUCAAGACGUCGUGGACAGAUCCUAGGAGAAGCAUUUGUUGUGGAACAUUGAUAUUGCUGCUUUUAUUAAUCUCAAAUUUUAAUCACCGUAUGGAAAUAUUGUUGUUGCAUUGUUUGAAUUGCUUUUUCUCUGAAACUUGUUCAUGCUUUCAAACUGAGUAUAUACAGAUAAUAAUGUGUAUAUAAUGUAGGUAUGUCCUUGUUGCUGGAGUACAAUUGCACCUGUGUUUAUAACAAAAAUACUUUUUAAAAAUGUUUUAAAUAAUUUGAA